AUGAACAAAUUACUCUCUACAUCGAUAAAAGAAGUCAGCCACAAAAUAAAUGCUGGCGAUGUGCGUCCGUCUGAUAUUACAAAAGCAGCUGUGAAGUUGACAACGUUUAUUAAACCAUUAAAUGCUUAUAUCACUGUUACUGAUGAAACAGCAAAGAAAGAGGCAGAAAAUUCAAACUCCAGACAAGAGAAUCAUGCAUUGUUGGGGAAGCUUGAUGGAAUUCCCAUUGCAGUUAAAGAUAACUAUUGCACAAAUGAUCACCUGACAACAUGUGCUUCCAAAAUGCUCUCAAAUUUUGUGCCUCCAUACAAUGCAACUGUAUACCAACGUUUAAAAGAUGCCGGGGCAAUUUUGAUUGGCAAGACCAAUCUUGAUGAAUUUGGAAUGGGUUCAGGAACUAUUGAUUCAUAUUAUGGGCCAACAAAAAAUUUGUGGAAUUCAGACAUAUUAACAAAAUGUUAUUCCAAUAAGAUUUCUAUGGAAAAACAUACAGAACAGAAUAAUGAUGAGAAUUCAUGGCAUAUAACAGGUGGAAGCAGUGGCGGUUCUGCUGUGGCUGUAGCCACUGGAAGCUGUUUUGCUGCAUUAGGUUCAGAUACUGGUGGUUCAACAAGAAAUCCAGCAUCGUACUGUGGUGUUAUUGGACUAAAGCCCACUUAUGGGUUAGUGUCACGCUAUGGACUUAUUCCUCUUGUGAAUUCUAUGGAUGUACCAGGUAUUUUGGCAAGAAAUGUUGAUGAUGUGCUAUUAAUUCUAAACACCAUAGCUGGUCCAGAUAGAGCAGAUUCUACUUCUAGUCAGAAAGAAUAUGUACCAUUUAAUGUAUCAGAUUCAAUAAAUAUUAGUAAUGUUAGAAUUGGCAUACCGAAGGAAUAUAAAGUGAAAAAUAUAAGCUCUGAUGUUCAAGAAUGUUGGGAUGAAGUCUCUCUGUAUUUAAAGGAAGCUGGAGCAUCAAUUUCUAUGGUGUCGAUGCCACAUACCAGUUAUUCUAUAGCUUGUUAUUCAGUUUUAAAUCGUUGUGAUGUUGCCAGCAAUUUAUCUUGUUACGAUGGUAUGGAGUAUGGUCUCAGAGCAGAUGAAUGGAAAUCGGUACAUGAUCUUUAUAGAAAAACAAGGACAGAAGGUUUUGGCCAAGUAGUAAAAGAACGUAUUUUAGUUGGAAAUUAUUUCCUGUUAGAAGAAAAUUAUGAUGAGUAUUAUGUGAAAGCAAUGAGAAUGCGAAGACUGAUCUCUAAUGAUUUUGAUGUAGUAUGGAAUAACAAUAUAGACCUUUUACUCACUCCUACAACUCUAACAGAAGCACCAAGUUACAAUGAAUUUGUUUCAUUGGAUAAUCAAACCCAGUGUUUAGUUCAAGAUUAUUGUACUCAACCUGCUAAUAUGGCAGGAAUACCAGCAAUCAAUGUGCCUAUUAAACUUUCCAAAAAUGGUUUACCUUUGUCCCUACAGCUUAUGGCUCCCUCUUUUAAUGAGGAAAGACUUCUUACAGUAGCAAAAUGGAUUGAACAAAGAGUAAAGUUCCCAAAACUAGAACUGAAAGAUAUGUCUUUGCUUGAAUAA